UCCGGAAAUAGAUGUUUUUAUGUCGCGGGAUCUACGAAAAUGGCGGGUAUAUCAUUUAUAAAAGAUCGACUGGAGGCCUAUAAGUGUUCUGCAAAUGAAGUCAUACACUUCAAAUUAGUAAGACAACCGUCCGACAUUGAAGAUGAUAGUACAACAUUUUUACCUGAAAUGUCUCACCAGUUAUUUGGAGAACAGGAGAGUAUAUUUGGCUACAAAGACUUAAUGGUUGAGAUGUUCUACAGUGCAGCCAGACUCUCAACUUUUAUCAACAUGAAAUACUCCGACAAAGUUACACCACAGAGGUUUGAUGGCAUACAGCCUGAUAAUGUGUUAGGGACGUUAAACAGUAAGCUCCCUCCAGGGUACCUCACAAACAAAGACAUGUUCACAGCCUACCUGGAGAAGGACGCCACAUUUAAACCGUUCGGCGAGAUGAUGCACAGUUACAAAGUCAUCAAAGACAAUGAGGAGAGACACUUUGAGAUAUACAAGACAGACAUAUCGGCACCGGGAUUUCGGGAAUACCACGAACACCUUCAGACAUUUAUCCUCUUCUUCAUCGACGCUGCCUCCUACAUAGACGUGGACGAUGAUCGAUGGAUGUUUUAUCUCUUGUUUGAAAGAUACAAGGUCAAUGGAAACCCUAUGUACGCUAUCGCAGGAUACAUGACUGCUUACAAUUACUACGCAUAUCCAGCGAAAGUUCGUCCUAGAAUAAGCCAAGUUUUAGUUUUACCACCGUUCCAAAAGCAAGGUCAUGGGUGUCACUUGGUACAGACAUUUUACAACGACUGUUACACAAGGUCAGAGGUCAUGGACAUCACAGUUGAAGACCCUUCAGAAAACUUCCAGCGGUUACGUGACUUUGUUGAUGCACGUAACUGCAUGAAGCUUGCAAGUUACGAGGUUUCCAAACUCAAGAGUGGGUUCUCGGAGGAGAUGGCGAAGGAGACAAGAGAAAAACUUAAGUUAAACAAGCGACAGUCACGGAGAAUAUACGAGAUCCUUAGAUUGAAGGCAACCGACACGAGUGACAAGGAGAUGUAUCGGGCCUACAGACUUGACAUCAAACGUCGACUCAACGCACCCUUCCAGAAAAAAGGCCGUGACUUUGACAAGCUGGAGAAAGUGUUACGCCCUGAUGAACUAUCAGCAACAUUGAGUUGUUUGUCUAAAGAACAGAGACUUGCAUAUCUUGAGAAUACCUUUCAGGAAAACAUAGACAUGUACCGACAUGUUAUCGAGCGACUCAACAUGGCUGUCUGAGUGACUGAAGUGUGAAAGAGAGAGAAAAAGGAGAAAAAACACAAAAACAUUUCUACAGACAGCAAGUUGAAAUGUAUAAAUUGGCUUCUAUCACAAAAGAUGUAAAACGGUAUGGAGAAUUAAUUCCAUGAUUCCAGUAUUAUUGUAGAUCUACUGUAUGUAGAAAGGUCCAGUAAUACAAGUAUUGAAGUACGAUUUAUAACAUGGUUUAACACUUAACACAUAUUUGUUUUCUAUUGUGGUAUCUUUUCUAUUUCUUGUGUCGUCUAGAGAAGUUUGACUUCUGUACUGUUGACAGGUCACAUUGUUUAAUCGAUACAUAAUAUUUUCCGCUCCAUACUUCAAUUAUGGUUAACGUUGUCCUCUAGGUAAGCCAUUCCUGGAAAAUACAAACACUUAAAUCUUGAUCAAAUUGCACUUCUCUUUGACUGUUAUAAAUUCAGAUAAAAAUAACAGACCCUUAGCCUGUUGUGAUGGUUGGAAAAUCUCAACCAAAGAGUUGGUUUUGUCGAUUGUCUUACCUGAGGCUCACAGCAGGGGAUGGUUCUGUUCUUCCCUCAUAGCGAUAAUAUGUUCUGUUCUUCCCUCAUAGCGAUAAUAUGUUCUGUUCUUCCCUCAUAGCACAAUAUGUUCUGUUCUUCCCUCAUAGCGAUACUAUGUUCUGUUCUUCCCUCAUAGUGAUAAUAUGUUCAAAACAAUAGUUUUCAAUUGGUUUUCCUUUCACAUGUUGUCUCCAUUGAAUACUGAUUUUGACAUUAACUCAUUCACCCCUGAAAUUUCAUAAUGGACUAUUCCAACCUUUGAAUUGGUAGAGUUCAAAUUUGUCUUCAGGGGUGAAUGAGUAAGUCUACUUUAUUGACCUCUGUGACCCAUAUCUACACAAUGCUAUAUCAACAGAGUAACACACUGUGUAACAGAACCAACAUCCAAUAGGUGUAAAAGGAAUGUUUAGCUUCAUCAUCUUGAUUUCAGGAGGAUACCUGAAACCUAGUAAUACAGGGGACACGCCUGUAAAGGGUGGGAGACAAACUCUGCUUUUCUCAUACCACAUCUUGGAGAAAGGACUUUAUUUGUUUAUUUUCACAUUAGUAGUCAAUGAGGAUAUUGAAGUAAUAAUUGUGUACAUCUACUGUAGGAAUAUUAUUUUAUGACUUUAAAAAGACUUUGAAAAGAAAAAUGAAAAAAAAAAUGCACGCAAUACUGUGAAAUCAGAUAUUUUCGUGAGGCCCAUAUUUUAGAGGUACAUGAUUUUUUGAAUUUUGAGUACCCACUCAAACUGAGAAUUGCUUUAUAUCAAACUUGUAAUUACUUGGUAGACCUAUGAACUUGUGAAUGAUGAUAACCCAUGAAAUGAACGAAAAUUAAAACCCCACAAAAACAAGAGAUUUCACAGUAUUUGUGACUGAUGCUUAAUGUGAAUUUACAUGUUAAUAAAGUUUGUGUGAAUUAUAGGCUAUCUACAGUGUUGUGACAUAACCCAGUGUUGGUGUAUGUGAUCUAAGAAGUAAUUUCAAAGAAAAAAAGUUUUAUAAAAAUUGAUUCUAAUUUUCAAUUGUUAAAUUUCAAAAGUAUUGAAAUAUUAAGUGCCGUUAAUUUUGUUUGAUCACCUCACUUAAGGGUGUAUGCUACCUUAACUGUACCAUGCAUGACACCUGAAGAACAUGUGGUUUCUGAGAGUUUGCAGCUUUGACUGUUGUCAGUCACUGUAGACAAAUAAUGUUACUGUCUGUCACAUUAAAUGUACAUGGAUUAGUAAACAUUUGUAUACCACUUAAGGAAGUGUAGACAAAACGGUGGUUUAUGAUUCUGAAAAGUGCUAAUUUUAUUUAUUUGAAUUCUUGGUUAUGCUGAAUGAAUGGAAUUUGACUUGAAUGCCAAGAAAAAUAAAAAUGAAAAAACUUA